AUGCUCCCUCGAUCUCAACCGCCAUCUCCAUCAACAAUACCUCCACCAUCGACCACCCUUCUAACCAAAGGGAAGGGCAAGGUAAGUUCCUACAACACUAUGCCUCCUAAUACCUCUUUUUGUGACGUUUGUGGCGGACAUGAUCAUCUCCCCAAUAUGUGCCAUUUGUUGCAAAACAUGUCCUAUGUUGAACAUGACCCAUCUUAUGAGAAUGAAUUUGAUGUUGAGUAUGAUAAUGCCUUGAAUGAAAGGUCUAGGUAUGAUGGACCCCAAAUUCCUAAUUUCAAUAGACAACAAGGUCCUAGAGGUCCCUCUACUAAUUCUUAUCAAGGUCUUACCUUCCAAGGGGGUGGGUUUGAUCACCAAAACCGGGGUAACUAUACGGGACAAAGCUAUCAAGGCCACGCUUCCUGUGGUCAACCCUAUGGUUAUGGUCAUCAAUCACAAUACAACGAAGGUAGUUAUGGGUCAAACCACCAAGUUGGAGGGGGCUAUAACUACGGAUAUGUGCAUAAUAGAGGAACCUCUAGUGGGGGGUAUCAAAUGAAUCCGGGAAACCAAUACGGCAAUUCCCAAUAUCCUCCUCCCGGAUUCAAUGGAUCUAGACCACACGGCACUCAACUCCCACUCAACUCUUCCCUUAGCAAUGCUCCCUCACCGCUCCCGCCUCCCAAGUCUAAUCUUGAGACUCUCAUGGAGUCGUUUGUGGGGGCGCAAGCUAAGAAGAAUGUGGAGUUUGAGGAUGGAAUCAAGCAAUCUAACAUCCAUUUAAAAAUGAUUGAGACUCAAUUGGCUCAACUAGCUAGCUCCAUUAAUCAAAAUCAAACAUACCCAAAUCUUCCAUCUCAAGGUCAUGACUCUAAAAAGCAAAUGAAUGCAAUUGUAACAAGAAGUGGGAAGGGUAUGAAUGAUGGUGCUACGUCUAGAGAAGUCCCUAAGUCCAAUGUUGGUAAUAAAAGGGUAGUUGGGGACCUAGGUGAAGAUGAGGAAGAACAUGUUGUGUCCCAAAGGGAGGUUGAGACGGAUGAUUUGAGGCCAAGGGAGGCCACUCCUCUCCAACCUAUUAUUCCUAAGCUCCCCUUUCCCCAAAGAAAUGAUAAGCAAGUUGCAGUCACCAUCCCCUUUACGGACGCAAUCAAGCAAAUGCCUACCUACUCUCGAUUUCUUAAGGAAAUCUUAAGUGGAAAAAGGGAUUGUGACGUAAAGGAGACGGUGAACCUCACCGAGAAUUAUAGUGCUAUUAUUCUUAACCAAAUGCCACCCAAACUCAAAGACCCGGGUAGUUUCUCUAUCCCUUGUGCUAUUAAGAAUCUUGAAAUAAGCAAUGCCUUGUGUGAUUUGGGUGCUAGUGUUAGUUUAAUGCCUUAUUCGGUGUUCACCAAGCUCGAAGUUGGUGAUCUUGUCCCAACCAACAUUACAUUGCAACUUGCCGACCGUUCGGUCAAAUAUCCUACUGGCAAGAUUGAGGAUGUACCCUUGAGAGUUGGUAAAUUUGUGAUCCCCGUCGACUUUGUGGUGCUAGAUAUAGAUGAGGACGUGCAUGUCCCUAUUAUUCUUGGUCGGCCUUUCUUGGCCACGGCGGGGGCCAUUAUUGAUGUUAAACAAGGGAAAAUCACUUUGAAAGUUGGGAAGGAUAGUUUGGUUUUUGACUUGAAUAAAACCAUGUGGUAUCCUAGUUCUACUAAUGAGAAAUAUUUCUUGGUUGACUCUUUUGAUCCCCUAGUGCAUGAUAUGCAUGAGCACUUGCUCACUACUAAUGAUCCGCUUGAGCUUGCUAUUUUGAAUAGAGAAGGCUUAGGAGAUGUAGGGGUUGAAGCGGCCAACUACAAGGAAUUUUUGGAUUCCACCCCACCUUGUGCUCAAUCGGAGCAAUGUUUGAUUUUGCUUGAUCGGGAAGAAGUUUCGGAUGAUCAUGAACGCCGAAUUGGUAAGGAAGCUCCCAAGGUAGAGCUCAAACCUCUACCUUCGAGCUUGAGGUAUGUUCUUCUUGGUCCAAAUUCUUCUUAUCCCGUUAUUAUUAACUCUAGUUUGGAUGAUGAGCAAGUUCUCAAGCUCACUAAUGUUUUGAAACGUCAUCAAAGUGCUUUGGGCUACACAAUUGGUGAUUUGAAUGGUGUUAGCCCAAAACUUUGUAUGCAUCAUAUUGAGCUUGAGGACAAUGCCGUCCCCCAUCGUGAAAGGCAACGAAAGCUUAAUCCACCUAUGGGUGAGGAGGAUCCCAUUUGGGAAAUGCAAUGGAGGUUUCAACGAUGCAUGAUGAGUAUUUUCGGAGAUAUUCUUGAAGAAGAAAUUGAGGUUUUCAUGGAUGACUUUUCGGUCGGUGGUGGCUCGUAUGAUGAGUGCCUUCUCAACUUGGAGAAAUAUCUUGAGCGGUGUGAGAAGGUUCACUUGGUCUUAAAUUGGGUGAAGUGUCACUUCAUGGUACAAGAGGGUAUUGUUCUUGGGCACAAGGUUUCGAAUCUCGGGAUUGAGGUUGAUAAGGCAAAGAUUGAGGUGAUUGAGAAGCUACCUCCUCCGGUCAAUGUGAAAGGAGUUCGUUCUUUUCUUGGGCAUGCGGGAUUCUAUAGGAGGUUUAUCAAGGAUUUUUCUUUGCUUGCUUGGCCUCUUACUAACCUCCUUCAAAAGGAAUGUGACUUCCACUUUGAUGAUGCUUGCCAUGAUGCUUUCAACAAGCUCAAAUCGGCUUUGAUCUCCACUCCUAUUGUGCAAGCUCCGGAUUGGUCCCUCCCUUUUGAGCUCAUGUGUGAUGCAAGAGACUAUUCUAUUGGGGGUGUUUUGGGUCAAAGGAAAGACAAGAAUCUUCAUGUCAUUUAUUACAUGUCCAAGGCCCUAAAUCAAGCUCAAUCUAACUACACCACUACGGAAAAGGAGUUUCUUGCCAUAGUUCAUGCAUUUGAGAAGUUCCGCCCCUACUUGGUUGGUUCGAAAACCAUCGUCUACACCGAUCAUGUGGCCAUCCGCUAUCUCAUGGCUAAGAAGGAGUCAAAGCCUAGACUUAUCCGAUGGGUUCUCCUACUUCAAGAAUUUGAUAUUGAGAUUCGGGACAAGAAGGGUGCCGAAAAUGUUGUAGCUGAUCACCUUUCCCGAAUUGAGCUUUGUGACAUGGAGGUGGAUGAGGUGCUCAUUGAGGAUGCCUUACGUGAUGAUGUUUUGUACGCAAUUCAUGAUGCGAAGAAGUAUGUGUGGGAUGAGCCACUCAUGUAUAGGAGAGGAGCCAAUGGGCUAUUACGGAAAUGCGUUCCGAAUGAUGAGGUCGGUAGUGUCCUUCAUAUGUGCCACUCGUCUCCUUGUGGAGGGCACAUGGGAGGAGAUAAGACCGCCUCAAAGGUGUUGCAAAGUUUACUUUGGUGGCCUACUCUUUUCUGUGAUGCUUGGGCUUUUGUCAAGUCUUGUGAUCGUUGUCAAAGGACGGGAAAUAUUUCUAAGAGGCAUGAGAUGCCCCAAAAUCCUAUCUUGGAGUUAAAAGUGUUUGAUGUGUGGGGUAUUGACUUCAUGGGACCUUUCCCUUCUUCUUAUGGCAAUCUCUAUAUUCUAGUGGCGGUUGAUUAUGUUUCAAAGUGGGCGGAAGCUAUUGCCUCACCCACUAAUGAUCACAAGGUGGUUGACAAUCUCUUCAAGAAGAUCAUUUUUCCGCGUUUUGGGGUUCCUAGGGCCGUGAUAAGUGAUGGGGGAUCACACUUUGCUCAUGGGAAGUUCAAGGCCCUCUUGCGGAAGUAUGGUGUGCAUCACAAGGUUGGCUUGGCUUAUCACCCUCAAACUAGCGGCCAAGUGGAAGUUACCAAUCGAGAGAUCAAGUCGAUUCUUGAAAAGACGGUUGCUAAGACCCGGAAGGAUUGA